CCGGGCCGGGCGGCGCGGGGACCGGCGCUGGGCGGCCGCCGGGCUCGGAGCGCCGCCUUGUCCCCAGUGCCGCCGAGUCCCCAGCCGCCGGUCGGCCUGCGGGGGAGGCGCAGUUGCGAAACUGACUGACUACAGUCUCUGCCUUCUCCGUGUUCCUGAAGCCAGACAUGACCUGACACCCUAAUGACCACUGUCAGGGCCUUGGGUGACUAGCCAGUGCACCAUGGAACUGAAAGUAUGGGUGGAUGGAGUUCAGAGGAUUGUUUGUGGGGUCACCGAAGUCACAACUUGCCAGGAGGUUGUAAUAGCCUUAGCUCAAGCUAUAGGUCGAACUGGAAGAUACACGCUUAUAGAAAAAUGGAGAGAUACUGAAAGACAUUUAGCACCUCAUGAAAAUCCUAUCAUAUCCUUAAACAAAUGGGGGCAGUACGCUAGUGAUGUACAGCUAAUUCUGCGUCGAACGGGGCCAUCUCUCAGUGAGCGACCCACUUCAGAUAGUGUGGCUCGAAUUCCUGAAAGAACUUUAUACAGGCAGAGUCUCCCCCCUUUAGCCAAACUGAGGCCUCAAAUUGACAAAUCAAUCAAAAGAAGAGAACCUAAAAGGAAAUCAUUGACAUUUACAGGAGGUGCCAAAGGAUUGAUGGACAUUUUUGGGAAAAGUAAAGAAUCUGAAUUUAAGCAAAAGGUGUUGAAUAACUGCAAAACAACAGCAGACGAGUUGAAGAAACUGAUUCGUUUGCAGACAGAGAAGCUUCAAUCCAUUGAGAAGCAGUUAGAAUCUAAUGAAAUAGAAAUACGAUUUUGGGAGCAAAAAUAUAAUUGUAACCUUGAAGAGGAAAUUGUCCGCCUGGAGCAAAAGAUCAAAAGAAAUGAUGUAGAAAUUGAGGAGGAAGAAUUUUGGGAAAAUGAAUUACAGAUUGAACAGGAAAAUGAAAAGCAGCUGAAGGAUCAACUUCAAGAAAUAAGACAGAAAAUCACAGAGUGUGAAAGCAAAUUAAAGGACUAUUUGGCACAAAUUCAGACUAUGGAAAGUGGUCUUGAAGCAGAAAAAUUGCAACGGGAAGUUCAGGAGGCACAAGUCAACGAGGAAGAGGUUAAAGGACAGAUUGGUAAGGUCAAAGGUGAGAUUGACAUCCAGGGCCAGCAGAGCUUGAGGUUGGAAAAUGGUAUUAAAGCUGUGGAAAGAUCUCUUGGACAGGCCACCAAACGACUACAGGACAAAGAACAAGAACUGGAGCAGUUGACCAAAGAGCUGCGGCAAGUCAAUCUCCAGCAGUUUAUCCAGCAGACCGGGACAAAAGUUACCGUUUUGCCAGCUGAGCCCAUUGAAAUAGAGGCCUCACAGGCAGACAUAGAAAGAGAGGCACCGUUCCAGUCUGGGUCCCUGAAGAGACCUGGCUCAUCUCGGCAGCUCCCCAGUAACCUUCGUAUUCUACAGAAUCCUAUCUCAUCUGGUUUUAAUCCUGAAGGCAUAUAUGUAUAACAUUAUCUGUCUUUAGGGGAGAGAUCAAUAAAAGUACCAAGGAAAGUCAGAUUUCUACUUUGAUUUGUGCCAAUGAUGAACAGAGGACAUGUUUUCACAAGCCACCGUAUCUUUUUCUCUCCUAAAUUGCAUACCACUUGGAGCCAUACCCUGUGCACUGAUGCUAAAGAACAAAGAAACUGUGUUUUCACACAUCAACAGUAUUGACAUUUUUGUCCAGCAGCUGUAAUACAAAGCCUUCAUUUUUAUUUGUAGCAUUUGAAAGCAUUCGUAAAGUAUUAUACUAUGUGUAUACAUAAAUAAACCGUGAAUUAAGAGUAAAGAGAAAUAUGUGACUGGUUUAGUUUAAUUUAUUCCAUGUAAUUGAUUAAUGUGUGACUGUUGAUAUUUUAAUAUUUUUAUUAAUACUUAUCCUGUGACUUUAUUAUGUUUCUUAUUGUGUGAUUAUGACUGUGUGCAUGUUGUCAUACUCCAUCCAUGUAUUGCUAAUUUAUAACUACACACGUGUCAUGGGGUGCUCCACCAUCCAGACUAACUCCAGAAGAACCCACUUGCAUUAAUUUCAUUAGCCUGUACUAGCCAUUGCUUAAUUACGUGAAGUAAUUCAGAUUUCUUUUUAAUCUGGAAUUUAAUCUUUCCUUCACAAUAUUUCCAAAUAUAUGAAUAACCACACGACAGAAAUGUGUUUUCAUGAGGUAAAUUAUACAUGUAAAAAUCUUGCAGUCUUUCAUAUGAUAUUGAGCAAAAAUGUAAUUGUUGUAUAUCUAUUCAAACAGGCAUUGGGGGUUCCUGAUACAUUAAUGUGAUUUGUUUCUGGCCCUGCCUUAUCAUUUACUCUCAAGGAUCCCCAGAAUUAACAUAUGAUAUAUGUUAUAGAUAUCUGAGGAUUAUGUUAGUAUAUUUUGUGAAUAUUGCUUCAAAUUAUAUCUUUUAAAAUAACCCAUUUUCAUGUAUGGUCUAUUGGUAUAACCUGCAGGUAAGUUAUUGCUUGCACAUAAUUUUCUUUGUAUAUUAUGAACAACUGUGCUUUUCUUUAGUCAUUGAGAUGGAGAGUAGAAUGGAGUUAGCUUGUUUUUACCGAGGAAAUAAAGUUAAAUUCAGAGUAUUUUUUCAUUUUUAAGUUUGACUUUUAUAGGAUAUAAAUCUCCAUUUGUAUGUAUAUUGUUUUAUUUAUAAAGCCAAAAAUGAGUCCACAACUCUCCCAUGAGUAGUGGCUUAACUGAGAUUCUCAAGUAAUAUUUAGACAGAUGCUGUCAGACACUUCUUAGCCACUUUUACUUUCCCUCUGAUCAAAUUUGGUACAAUAUAAUUAAGAUUUUAAUCUGAAAUUUAAAGUAGUUUUUAGUUCUGAAGAAAAUAUAUUCUCUGUAUUACUUACAUGCAACAAAAUAAAAGUGGAUUAAUAAUAGUAUUGCCAUGGUAACAAUAAAGAGAUAUGUCUUAUGCAUGAAGGCAACUUUGAAUGUUUCAACACAUUUGACUUAUUUUGGUUUAAUGAAUGCUGAGAAUGCUGCUUUAUUUAGGUUUCCUAUGAAAAAAAUUAAGAAUGGCUAUGAAAAUAUAUAGAUGCUUUUAGAGAACUGAAAGUAACAUAGUGUUGCCUUUUCUAUUCCAGCUAAGUAGUAGACCUCAACUGAACAUUUUAUUCUUUGGGUUCUUGGAGUUAUCAAAUUGGUCUUGCCAUUAUACUGUUUUGAAAACAUCUUAAGAAAAAAAUGAUUCUUAACUAAAUAACCACAACCUAUACACAUUUGCUCUCAGUUUAUAAUAUGUAUUUCAUACCUACAUAUAAUUAAAAAUUAGAAUUAAAAAUAUAAGUAAUUUGUAGCUUUUGUGACAAUAAUGAUUUAGGUAUGCCCAAUAUAUGCCUUACUUUUAAAGAGUCCUAUCCUCUUCUGAGUCAUUUUGUUGUUCAGAGAAAUUGAGACCUUAUUCACAAAGAAAAACAUUUUAUAAAUUGUAUUCUAUUUAAAUCAAAAUGUUAAUCCGUAGGUAUGGUACACUUUGCAAUUAGAAAUUACAAGAUGCCUUGGUGUACCAUGAAGACACAAAGUCAAUAUCUAAUUUAGUAAUUGUUAAUUAUUAACAGAAUUAGCCUAAUAACUAAAGAAAGACAGAUAGCAUUCAAACAACUGGUAGUAGUCCUGGGUUCUCCAGCCUAGUAUCCCCAGUUAACCUCUGACUUCUUCAGAAUUUUCAAGCUGCCAAAUAAUCUUCAUGGACGUAGUUACACAUGAAAAUACUAUUUCCUAGAUGGGAAGAGUAUAUAAAUGUGAAUUAAUGAACACAUUGAGCAGCUGUACUUUUUAAUCAGUCAUAUUACUUCUGGAAGCACAUAACUGAAGAAUUUUUUUAAAUCUUUUUUUUUUUUUUAAAAAGAGAGAGGAAAACUCAUUUCUGUAGAAACAUCUUAAAAUAUUUUAGUCUAUUUGUGAUCAUUUUUACCUAUUGUGAAUACAAAUGAAUUAGAUUAAGUGCCAUAUCUUUGGAUACUUUUGGAGGGGGGGAGCAGUCAAUGGUAUGCAGAAAUACCAAACAUAAAAUUUUGCAUCUAAGGGAUAAUUCAGGUUCUAAAUAAUAAAUUAGAAUACAAAUUUGUGUGUUUUUUGAAGCAUACUGUAAACUGUUUUAUUGUGAUUUUCUACAACUAUUAAAUAUAUUAAAAUGGUUUUUUCUUACCAAAAAAUCAUUUAAAAUAGCAUUAAGUCUAUUUGGCCUUUUGAAUAUCAUUAUCCUCAGAGAAUGGUACAUAGUGGGUUACCUCAGUUUUUUUCAUUUUCUUUAAAAGAUAAUUUGAUUUGUUUAUAUUUGUUUUUUGUCUUAAUGCACAGGGAAUCUUUUGUAUGUGAGACUUUAAUUGGUUUUAGUAGAAGUUGCCCACCUAAUUCCCACUCACUCAUGAGCAAAAUUGUCAGUUCCUAUGGUUGAAAUUAGUAAAAAAAAAAGAAGAAGAAAAAAAAAAAA